AUGCCGGAGGCCUUCACCUAUUUUGACAUGCAGCGCAUGAUUGCUGCACAGGUGCCGUCUGGGGUUUACUACUUGGAGGUCCAUUGGAGAUGGCACCGGAAAGAUAACAAAACAAUUCGAGAUCAACAGCUUCUACCACCCCUCGCCUCGACCAGAACAGACGGGACCAGUGUGUACAAAGCCUUCGAUUUCAAAGGGAGCGAUGUUAAGUUUUGGGGGAAGGCUUUGGGCACUCCAAUUGGGAACAAUCGCUGGUUCAGGGUACAGUUCGCUUUACACGGGCAUGCUCUACCGAUUACUCGAGCUGAGUAUGAAGAUAUGGUAAAGAAUUGGGAGGCUCUUCCUACUGCCACUACCGCGACACUUCCUGGCAUUACUACAAUAGCAGCUGCUAUUGUAGGGGAGGAUAUUGACCGCCGACGGCAUAUGGUACGAUACCUCGUUGGCACCAUGUCCUAUUCAAUGCCCAAUGCAAUUUCAAGAAAACUUGACAAAAUCCAGGGCGUUGAGGGCAAGAACAACACCGAUAUAUCAGGAAAUGACCAGCCCUACAAAAAACAACUACUGGAACGGGAUCGGUACUAG